UGUUUCAUAAUUUUUCACUUAAUCCUAAUCAUUAUUAUUUAUUAUAAAAUAGGAGAAAAUAUUUGUAUAUAUUCAGUUUUGUUAAAAUAUAAGAAAUUAAAUUGGUUACAAUUUAUAAAAUGGUUACAUUACAAGAUAUUAGUAUACAACUUAUGAAACCAGCCAAGGAUCUUGCUGAUUGGAAAUUUCCAUUAUCUCAGAUCUUGGAAGAAUACUAUGCUUUAUUAGAAGAACCAUGUAACAUUAACUUUGGAGAAGCAGCACUUGUUCUUCAAAAUUCAACUAAUAUAUAUGUACGAAGAAUUGAACGUUUACUUAACGAGACAGAAGUUUUAAAACAAACAUUUUUUAACUAUGAAGAAGAAGAAAUAAAAAAAUCUAUGUGUAAAGAGAAAAAAAUUUUAAAAAAAACUUACAUUGAUUUUAAAAAUUUUAUAAUUAUUGAUUUAGAAAAAGAUAUUGGAAAACAUAUUAACAAGAAACAUCAUUUUCAAGAAAAAAAAAUUAAAUUAUUAAGUCAUCGAUUUACACAAUUAGAAAAUGGUGUGACUCAAUUAUGUAUUCCUAUUCAAGUAUAUGAUGUUUUAGGAGAAAUUAUUGGAAAAAAAUAUGAUUUUCGAUGUAAUCAAUCUAUAAAUACAAAUGGAAUGUUGGUGGAUGAAUUAACACCAUAUGAUUUUACUUGUAUACUUGAUUCUUAUAAAGAAAAAAAUUUAUUGUCAUCAUAUUCAGAAUCAAAAACUUCUGAUAUUAGAACUUCAGAAUAUCAUACAACAAGUACUUCAUUAAAUGAUAAUGAAUCUAUUCAUGAUGAAUUUGAAGAUGAACAAAAUUCUUCAUCAAUGGAAAAUGAUUUAUCAAUAAAUGAAUUACAAAUAAGCAAAGAAAAUGUGAUAAAUAAUAAUUGUGAAAGUUCAUUUGCUAAUAAUAGUAAUUUAAAACAAGCUAUUACUAAUAAAAAUGAAUCAAAGAAACAAGAUAUUGAACAAACUAUAAUACAAGAUCAUAGUGAUAAAAAGACUUCAAUUCACAAUUUCAAAGAAAUGAAUCAAAUUAAAAAACAAUUCCAAACUGAAGAUUCUGUACAAGUGAAUCAAAUAAAAAAGGAUAAUCAAAAUAAUGUUAAACAUAUACAACUUGAAAAUAAUGAUCAAAUAAAAUAUAAUAAAGAAAUAAAUAUUUUUAAAGAGAAUGAAAUUUUCGAAUUAAAUGAUUUGGAUAAUGUAAGAUGGAAAGAAGAAUUACCUAAUACAUGGAAAAGAGGGAAUCAAACAACAAAAAUGUCUAUAUGUUCUGUAGAUGAUAUAAAUGAAUGUGAUUGGAAGCCAAUGCCACUUAUUCAAGGAAUAAAACAUGUUUUUUGUGAUAAUUCACCUAUUUUAAAACUUCCAAAUUAUAUUUCAUUCUUAGAAACAAAAUUUGGUUCUAAAAAACGUAAAUUUACAUCAAAAUUAUGCGAACGCGAAUGUUUAACAAAACUGGUUUUGCGUGAAACAAAAUUACUUACAAAGAAAAAUACUACUUUACAAAUGAAACAGAAAUUUAAACAUUUACAAAAACAGGAAAUAGAAGAUUUUAUGAAAAAUUUUGAUGAAUGUUUAAAUGGUACAGAAAGAGAAAAUAUUAAUUUUCGAUAUGAAGCUGUAACAAAUGCUACUGAUUUAUUGGAUUUUCGUAUAUCCCAAAAUCAAAAUAAUUCAAUUGAAAAUAAUACAGAAAAUAUGACAAGUAGAAGUUCUACACCUACAGAUAAUGUAUUACAUUCAAUAAUUUAUCAAAAUUCACUUGAUACUUCUAUAAAAUCUCCUGAUUCAAGUAAUAAUUGGUGUGAAACUUCAAUAUCGGACAUUAAUUUGUCCUAUUCUUUACCAGAUUAUCAAACAUUAAUUGAGCAUAAAAUGAAAGAAAUUUUUGAAGAAUCUAAUGUUACAACAGAAUUAGAUCAAACUGUAGCAAAAUGGCAUGCCUCUUUACAACCAAAAUUAUCAGAAGUUGAAACAAGACCUACAUUUCGAAUUCAUGAUUAUUCAUCACGUAUAAUAGAAGAAUUACAAACAUUAGAACAAAAAACAAUUAAUUUUGAUACUAUUGUUCAAGACAAACCUGCUUAUGAAGUAGCUAGAUAUUUCUUAGCUUCAUUACAAUUGGCAAAUACUUACAAUGUGGAAAUAAAAACAAAAAACAGUGAUAAUAAUAUAGAAAUAAUGUUACUAAAU